AUGAAGCCAUGGGCCAUACAGACAAAUGCUCAUAAAAUUCCAAGGAAUGUCUCUAGAAUAUCUCUCACUGAUUUAUCAACAGAAGAGGUCUCAGAUAAUGAGUUGCAGUUCGAAAGUGCAUAUGCUAGAAUGUUGUUUUCUAAAGAUAUUAAUUCUAUUGAAACAGCGUCCAUGCCUGAAAACGAGUAUAGUGUUUGUAAAAAAAUGGAUAAGAUGAUAUCUAUAGAAAAACAAAAAGAGUUUCCGCGCCAAACUUUAAAACAAAAUAUACAUCAAUCUAAUUCUGCAUUACAAGCAAUUACAAAUAUUGAAGAUACCAAUCAAUAUCAUGUACCUGACAAAAAGGUUCAUUUUAUGUCAACAAAAAAUCUAAAUCCACGUUGGGAUACUAAACAUAAUGAGGAGCUACAGCCAACAUUUCAUCAGUCGGCUGAUUCAUCUGUUUGUUCGAAUUCUACUGCACUUAUAACCAUACAAACCAAAAUAAAUUAUCAACAUAAUCAAGAACCACUUGUAUCUCAGACGCCUGCUUUAAAACAAGGCUGGGGAACUAAUACAUCAUCUUCAGCACGUUGGAAACGAGUUGGACGUACUGGCUUAGGUCCACCAAAACGUGCUGAACGACUUUCUUCUGAAAGUGCAGAAGGGUUCGAAAAUACUACAGAAGUUGAACACGAGGAUUCAAAACAACAUUUUUCUGAUACAGAAAAGCAAAAUUCAAUAACUUUCAAUAAUGAUAAAGAGAAUAUACCAAAAGAAUAUAUUACAACAGAAAGAAAUAAAUCAUGUCUUUUUCAGGCGUUGUCAAAAUCUGUCUCUCCAAUAAAAAAUCAGGAAAUCUCAUCAGGAAAACUCAAAAAAAUGCAGCCUAUGUUAAUUAAUCCAAUAAAUAGUCCUCAUAAUAUGAAUUUAGUUAUUGAAAAUAAAAUAGAAAAGAAUGACUCUACUCUGUCAACAUGUACAAUAAAACCUCCACUUGUUGAAAAUUUACAAAAAGAUGUACAAAUAAAUUGCUUUGAAAAUCGUUCUAUCAAAGAAUAUAAUGCAUGCCAUUCGUCAUUGAUAUUAAAAUCUGAGAAAGAAGACUCGACUAAUGUAAAUAAUGAUGUUAAACCUCAAAUAAAUAUUUCUUCUAACUUAGAAACUGGUUCAUCUUUAUUGCAAAAAAUACCAGUAAAAUCUAAAUCUAUUACCUUUGUAAAUUCACGACCUUAUAACAGAUUAGAUCUUAUUGGAAGAGGUGGAAGUAGUAAAGUAUUUCGUGUAAUGGAUCAAAAUAACAAAAUGUUUGCUCUUAAAAAAGUCCAUUUUGACAAAGAGGAUAAAAGUGCUGUUGUUAAUUUUAAAGAUGAAAUUGAAUUAUUAAAGAAACUUUCAGGACAUGAAAGGAUUAUUAAGUUAUAUGAUUCUGAAAUUAAUGAUGCAAAAGGAUACUUAACAAUGAUAUUGGAAAUUGGUGAGAUUGAUUUAUCACAUUUACUUGCAAAACAACAUCAAAGGCCAUUAGAUAUAAAUUUUGUUCGAUUAUAUUGGGACCAAAUGCUUCAAGCUGUGCAAGCUGUUCAUGAGCAAAAGAUUGUACAUUCUGAUUUAAAGCCUGCAAAUUUUUUACUUGUCGAAGGAUCUCUUAAAUUAAUAGAUUUUGGUAUUGCUAAAGCAAUUGGAAAUGACACAACAAACAUUCAUCGUGAUUCGCAAAUAGGAACUAUAAAUUAUAUGUCUCCUGAAGCGUUAUCUGAAGUGCAUUCUGCUACAUCAGGUGGUCAAAAAAUAAUGAAAUUGGGAAGAGCUAGUGAUAUAUGGAGUCUGGGAUGUAUAUUAUAUCAAAUGGUGUAUGGAAAAACACCGUUUGCUCAUUUAACAAUGUUUCAAAAAAUCAAAGCAAUACCAGAUCCUAAGUACUUUAUUAGUUUUCCAAUUAUGGCUUUUCCUAUUUCGCAUAAUGAACAAAAUCAACAAGAGGGUGUUAAGGUUGAUAAAAAUUUAAUAAGGGUUAUGAAAAGUUGUCUUGAAAGAGAUCCGACAAAAAGGAAAUCGAUUCCAGAAUUAUUACAAGAUCGGUUUUUACGGCCAGAAAAGCAUUUUCAAAGUCAUGGUCCAACUGUUAGAUUAACAUUAGAGCAAAUGAUUCAAUUAGUUGAGCAAACAGCUGAUGCAGUGAAAUCGGGGAAGUAUAAUAUAGACCAAUUGAGGGCUGCAACUAGAGUCCUUCGCAAAAUUGUUAGAGAUACAAGACUAAAAGAAUGA